UCUCACACACACACACACACACACGCACACACCCACCCAGGCAGCCACACACACGUGUUUAAACCGCGUCCCGCGGCAGCACGCGCAAUCACCGCAGCACUGUCCCGUCGCGGGAUGGAUGAACUGGACGCGGCGCAUCAGCGGAAUGGGCCCGCCGCGGGUGCGCGCAUGCACGGGCAGUUUACGGACGCGGACACCGGGCGGCUCACACACGCGCUGACUCUGUCGGACAGCUGCCUGACGGUCCAGAACAUCAGCUCCCCUUCACCGCCGGAGCACCUGGACCUGCGCGACUGCCUGGGGAGCCGCGCGCACCGGGGCGAGGACCAGGGCGCGUAUCUGUGCGUGUAUUUCUACCCGUGCCGGCGCCGCUGGAUGGCCUGGGGUCCGGUUCGCCAGAGGGACGAGCGGCGCUUUCGGCUUGCGCUCAGUACGGAUGAUAAUGAUGAAGACGCGAACCUGCGCGAAGCGGAACGGUGGGCGCGCGCCAUCAGGCACAACAGCGCGCGCCACCCGGAACACACGCACGUUGUGUUGUUCUCUGAGGUCCGCCGACCGUGUGGCGUGAUGGUAUUGGUCAAUCCUCAGAGUGGACGGGGCCAGGCCAUGGCUUUCUACAACGGCCACAUUCAGCGGAUGUUCACUGAGGCAGAUAUACCGCACACACUCUUCAUCACAGAGCGUCAGAAUCACGCGCGGGAUCUGGUGAGGAGCGCUGACCUGACGCAGUGGGACGCUCUGGUCGUUUUGUCUGGAGACGGGCUGCUGUUUGAGGUGGUGAACGGUCUAAUGGAUAGGCCGGAUUGGGAAAAGGCCAUCCAGACUCCUCUGGGAAUCCUGCCUGGAGGUUCAGGAAAUGCACUGGCUGCUUCUGUCCAUCACUACACACGAGCGUCUCCGGUGUGGGGGGAAGAUCUGCUGACCAGCUGUGGCUUUUUGCUCUGUAAGGGUCUGGUGUCUAAACUGGACCUGAUCUCCAUCCGUCUGUCAUCUGGCGCUCGUCUCUUCUCCUUCCUGUCUCUGGCCUGGGGCUUCGUGGCGGACGUGGACAUCGAGAGCGAGCAGUUCCGGCAGCUCGGAGCGCUGCGCUUUCUCCUCAGCACGCUGCUGCGUCUGGCCUCCUUACGGGUCUAUCAGGGAAAACUCGCGUUCCUGCCUGCCGACAGCGAGCGACAAUCAGCCUCUGCUGGCUUUUCUACCGCAGACAGCCGGCUGCCUGACCACCUGCUGGUCCCUCUGGAGCAGCCCGUCCCGCAGGACUGGACGCUGGUGGAGGAGCAGGAGUUUGUUCUGGUGCUCGCCAUGUUCCAGUCGCAGCUGGAUGAGGAACUGCUGGCGGCUCCGGACGCCCGCGCCGACGACGGACUCAUUCAUCUGUUCUACGUGACGGCGGGAAUCUCACGCACCAUGCUGCUGCUGCUCUUCCGGGCCAUGCAGAGCGGGACGCACCUGGACUGGGGCUGCUCACAUCUGGUGUACCGUCGCGCGCGAGCACUGAGGCUGGAGCCACUGAGCACAGCCGGCGUGAUGACCGUAGACGGGGAACGCGUGGAGUACGGGCCCCUUCAGGCGCAGGUGCACAGAGGAGUGGCCCGCCUCAUCUCAGCAUAAACCACAAACAGCUGUUUAAAACAAGAGGUGCUUUACCUGAAGCAUUACACAACCACACAAUCCUGACUGCCUGCUGUAAAAACUUGAAUUUAAUGUUCGUUUGUUUGUUUUAUUAAAGAAUAGUAACUGGGUAAAUCUCAUGAAAAAAAACAUGUCUAGGUCAUAUCUUAUCUUAUCAUAUCAUAUCUUCGCCACUAAAACGAAAGUAAAAAAAAGGAAAUUAUAUUUUGCAUUAAGAAAAUAGAUAGUUUUUGCAUUGCAACUAUUUUUGUGAAAUGUAUUAAAUCCCACAUUUUUAUUUAAAACUGUCAGAAUACAAAGCAUAUUUACCUCAUGUAAAAAAAUAAGCUUUUUUCCUUAUGCAAAAAAAUGUGCAAAACUUUAUCAUUUUCUGACCUCAAACUAAUUGACAUUUUUGUUUUAUAAUUUAGAAAUCUACAAAUAAAUGUCACAUGAUUUCUGAUUUAUUUCCUGUGGCUUUGGAGGUGAAAUAUGAGCUGAACAGGUUGAGAUCGAGCGGCAACCUCCCGCUCUCUCUCGUGAAGCCAAUAAGGAAGUGACUAAAACUGCAAUUCAUCGACUGGCUGCUUGAGGCUGGCUGCAGAAGGGAGUCAG